CCUCCCCUCCUUCCUCUCAGGCUCCACAGCGGGUCUAGGUAGCAGUCUCUUCCCAAGAUGGCGCGCGUGCUGGCGGCGGCGGCGGCGGCUGCGGGCGCCACAGGACUUUUAUCCAGAGUCCAAACUCCAUUUCUAGCAGGGAAAAACUUUUCUACGUCACAGUCCCUGAAUCAAGUAGCAGAUAAUGUGUGGAACCUGGGUCGGCUCAAUCAUGUGGCCAUAGCAGUGCCAGAUUUGGAAAAGGCUUCUGCAUUUUAUAAGAAUAUUCUGGGGGCCCAGGUAAGUGAGGUGGUCCCUCUUCCUGAACAUGGAGUAUCAGUUGUUUUUGUCAACUUGGGAAACACCAAGAUGGAACUGCUUCAUCCACUGGGGAGUAACAGUCCAAUUGCAGGUUUUCUGCAGAAAAACAAGGCUGGAGGAAUGCACCACAUAUGCAUUGAGGUGGAUAAUAUACAUGAAGCUGUGAUGGAUUUGAAGAACAAGAAGAUCCGUAGUUUGACUGAAGAAGCCAAAAUAGGAGCGCAUGGAAAACCGGUGAUUUUUCUGCAUCCUAAGGACUGUGGUGGAGUCCUUGUAGAACUGGAGCAAGCUUGAUUUAUAUUUGUAAGAAACAUAAUUAAUUGACACAAAAACCUUUAUCAAACACUAUGAAAUGUAUUAUGUUACUACUCUAGUACUUCAAACUUCAAAGUUAGUUACAGAUAGUUUAAAAUAUAUGUGUGUGUAUAUACAUACAUAAAUACAUAUAUGCCUAUAUUGUUUUUGAAUUUGGAGGAAACUUAAGUCACUAAAUGCUUGACAUUAAAAUCAUGUUCUUAGAAAUAAAUUAUUACUCUUCUAACAUGUGGUAACUGAAUACAGUGUGUGAACUGUGUAAAAUGGUGUGGGUAUGGGUUGGGAGAUGAGUUCAAUACAUAAUGGAGUUAUGUCAUAUACAUGACAGUUAUGUGACUUCAUUUAGUGGACAUAAUCAUAAAAGGGUCCAGUCAUAAGACAACAGUAAAUUAGAUACACCAUAUGACAUAGCUGCAAAAUACAAGAACUGAAAAUUGAAACAACUCAAAGAGAUAACUGUACACAACAUUCCUUUCUAGUAAUAGAUGAAAUCAAUAACCAGAGUGAGCAAGUAUGUAGAACUGAACUGUUCCACCAGCUGGUACUGAUAAUUCUUUGAAGAACAUCUCAAACAACACAUGCCUACAGAGCAAGUUAAAACAGGAACAGUAUAUUGUAUAGAUACAACUGAGUCGAAUCAAAUCAGUAGUAGGUAACAAGAAAUCUCCAAAAACAAACUACCAAAGAGGAAGUAAAUAUCAGGGAGUGGAAAACAUGUAUUAAGCUGAAUGAGAGAAAUACACCUAACCAUUUUUAUAAAAUCCAGCUAAUUGGUAAAUUGAUCAUAAACUACUUCCAUAAGAUGAAUUUGGCAACAAUUUAAGCUAGGUAGUAUAUGUGGAAGGUGGAGUUACCCUCCUAGCAUUCAUUCACAUUGUCUUUCCCAAUGGGAUUUGGACUUUGUGAGAUAUCCAUUCUUAUCCCACCCCACCCCACCCCCACAGGUAUAUCCACAGGUAAAUCUUCCAAGUUGAACUUAAACUUUGUCACUCUUGCCAGUGAUGGGUUUAAGAUCAUGUAAUGCAUAUCUGGACAGAGCACAAAGAAAACUCUGUAGAUGUUCUUCCUGUGCCUAGGUAAUAAGGUGAGAGCUGUAUGAAGUCAGCCUCUCUCCCACCAGAAGUAAACAGGGAAACGGACAGUUGUGGUUGCUACUGGCAACCACCCAACAUCCAUAAAAUAUAUAUGUGUAUAUAUAUCUUUAGACCAAUAAUAGUCCUGGUUGUGAAGAAAAUAAACUUACAUUAAAAAUA